AUGGAGCGUCGCACCCUGCUAUUCGACGACGUUUCUCGAAAGGCCUGCCUGAACGAGGAAGCCUUGCUGGAGCUUUGUGACGCCGCCCGAGCAGGUCUUGUAGAGGGCAGCACGACGGAGGCUGUUGCCGAGAAAGUGACGAGGUUUCUGCGCGCCGCCGUCAAGGACGAAAACCAUGGCAUGGCGACGAUUGAGCUUUCAACAAUCACAAAUACCCGUCUAGACAAGCUCGUCGCCGACCUUCAGAGCCCAGAGAACCUUGUCGGGACAACUCUACCCCAUCUCUGGCGAGACUGUGCCGCCAGCGAGAGAUUGCAGCGGCAGUGGCGGGCACGAUUCCGUGAGAAGUAUUUUGAUAUUGACCAGACAAGGUAUUCGAACCUGUCGAAGCAGGGACUGCUUCGACGCGUCACCUUUGACGACAGAGAAGGGAGAAACAGUGAACUGUGGCGCGCAAUCGCAUGUGAAGUCCUGUCAGGGGGCCAGGGCAACAUGCAGUUCGAGGCAGGACACUACGCUGUGGAGAAGCCGACCAAGGGGCCAUACCAUGUGACAGCUCUCCCUCUCCUGAGCGGGAGGGAGGACCUCUCCUCACCCGUCGGGACAGUCAAGUACGCGCGAGAGGGCCCCCUCUUUCAUAUGCAUCUGUCUCUCCUGUCGCAGGUCGGCACCCAGAUUCGGAUCCUGAGGGGAUAUUGCCUCAGGAGCCCGCUCGCCCCCAAGGCAGGGAUUCGAUACGACGGCCUCUACUACAUACGCCAAUACAGCCUCAAACAGAAUAACCAGACGGGCCUGCACCGCGUCGUCCUGACACUCGAGCGAGUCCGGGGCCAGCGAUCGUUGCAGGACAUUGCAGCAAUCCCUCGGCCGUCCCAGCUGGACGACUGGCAACUCUUUGAGAAGUACGAGGGGGAGAUGAUUCGGCAGAAGCGAGGCGACCAAGGCUUCCUGGAGUGGAAAACGGCCAAGGCAGAGGAGAGAAUCAACCUCGAGCAGUGGAGGAGGACGCUUGAGCUGAGGGCAGAGCUCAAGUCCCGCCACGAAACAUCGCGCGCUCGACUGAAGAUGGGCAAAAACGACAAGAAAGGCGGCGACAAGGCGGCGAGCAAGGGCAAAGGCAGCAGCGACAAGGAAGCGGGCGGCGGCGGCAAAGCCAAAGGCGCGCAGUCCAUCAACGUCCGCCACAUCUUGUGCGAGAAGCACGCCAAAAAGGAAGAGGCCCUGGCCAAGCUCAACGAGGGCGUCAAGUUUGACGAGGUGGCCCGCAACUACUCCGAGGACAAGGCCAGGCAAGGAGGCUCGCUGGGGUGGAAGAGCAAGGGCAGCCUGGACCCCAAGUUUGAGGAGGCUGCCUUUGCGCUGGAGCCGAGCACGACCAGCAGUCCCAAGUUUGCCGAGGUCAAGACGGGCUUCGGCUAUCACAUCAUCAUGGUCGAGGGGCGCAAAUAG